AACGCCAUCUUGUAAUAUCGGUUUUUACGUGUGUGUGCGUGGGUGUACGUCGAAAUCUGGUUGCAAGUGACGAUUUUAAUAUAGUUUUCAUUGAACAAUAUAAAAAUUUAAGACAAAAAUUAACGUAUAAAAUAGGACAUUGAAAUUAUUUAAGUUCGUUAAAUAAGUGUAGAAAUUGAAUAAUGGGUCGAAAAAAGAAGAAGCAAUCGAGGCCAUGGUGCUGGUAUUGCAAUCGAGAAUUUGACGAUGAAAAAAUUCUCAUUCAACAUCAGAAGGCAAAACAUUUCAAGUGCCACAUUUGUCACAAAAAACUUUACACAGGCCCCGGUCUCAGUAUACAUUGUAUGCAGGUGCACAAAGAGGCAAUAGAUAAGGUUCCAAAUUCACUACCAAAUCGAAGUAAUAUUGAAAUCGAGAUUUAUGGUAUGGAGGGUAUACCGCCGAAUGACGCGAAGGAACAUGAAAAGCAACGCAAUGGUAAUCGCCCUGGUUCACCGAGUUCAGGCGAAGAUGAACCCGUGCAAAAGAAAGCAAAACCAGAGGGAUUAUUGGGUUCAGCUCCGGGUGCGACGACAAAUUCAAAUUCAUCUGUGAUGUCAGGAGGAAUGUCCGGAAUGCAGGGACAUCCGGGAAUGCCUCAAAUGGGACAGUUCCCACCGCCCAUGCAUCCCAUGAUGGGACCAAUGGGUCAUGUCGGUCCAGCUUUCAUGGGACCUGGAAUGAUGCAAGGAAUGCCGGGUAUGCCACCGGGAAUGCAACCGCCAGUCAGCGGUGCGUCAGUGCCGCCUACACGACCUCUAUUUCCAAGUGCAGCGGCUGUGUCAACUGCCACAUCGACGUCGGCGACUCCACUUGGCGCUGAUUUCAAACCAAUCACAUCCAUUGCCGGUGGAUCGAUUGGUCCCAUGAAGCCAACAUUCCCCGCAUAUAGCGGCUCGGAUUCGGCAUCACACAACAGUAAUUCCGAUCCGAAAAUUAAUCUCAUAACAACUACUGGCGCCGCCAGUAAAAUUAUUCAUCCACCCGAGGAUCUUAGUCUCGAGGAGAUUCGAGCGAGAUUACCAAAGUAUCAGCGACGACAGAUCGAGGAUUCUCGUUCUAGUCAAGUGGAAGCAGCCCAACAGCAUGCGGCCGCAUUGCAUCAUCAUCAUCAGCAGCAACAACAGCAACAACAGCAAGCGGUGGCAAAUGCUGCGGCUGCAUUUCAGGAUCAACAGCAACGUCAACAGGCCGCCUUAAGUGCCUUACAUCAACAACAACAAAGGUUUCAAAGGCCUCCACAAGCAGUUGUGGUACCAGCAUCAGCCGGCAUGCCAGUUAGUUCCGUAGCAUUAAUGGCGCCGCUCAUGCGACCAACCAUGACACUUGCUGCACCAGCUCUUAUUCAUGGAGGUAACAUGAUGCGACCGCCCCCCAUGGGCCUGCCACCAGGUAUGAUUGGAGCAUUACCACCGGGUGCAAUGCAUCCGGCAUUCGCUGCACCAAUGGGUUUUCCUGGCGCACCAAUGCUAGCGCCAAUGAUGCAUCCACGUUUUAGAUGAUCGCCCCCAAUGGACGGGCCCAAUCCACCCCUGCAUUUCGUGCUAUGGGCUCGCCCCUAAUAUUCUCCUUAGGGUUCGGACCUUGGAAAAUAAAGAAAGAAAGAAAAAAAAUUAAAAAAAAGAAACACCAACAACUUGCAGAAAAAAUAAACGCCAGGCAACUCCAUCAGAAAUUAGCCACAACAGAAGUUAGCAAAAUCUUUGUUUUUUUAUCUUAUUAUUAUUAUUAUUAUUAUUAUUACUGAUUAAUUAAUUAUUAAUUAUCAUCAUCGUCUUAGAGAAGUGAGUCGUUCAAUAAUGUAGAGGAAAAAAAAAGGAAAACAAUUUUUUUUUCUUCUACAAUUUGGACUUCUUAUAACUCUGAACCAGUGUUGACGUCUCGGAGUGACGCCAGGUGGCGCUUCACGCUGUCGCUAGAAAAUUGGGAUUUUCCCCUUUUCUUCUUCCUAUUAUUAAACUUCCAAUUUUUUUUUUCUUUGGAAAUUAGCUUGAAAAUUAUGUAUCGUUUUCGCGAUAUUUAGUGGCAGCGUGAAGGUCUUGUCGCCUCAGGUUAGUCGCAUAUUUUAUUUUGUUCAAUCCUUUGGCGCGAUUUCAUCAUUAAUAAAAAUGUUUCAUUAUUUACUAAUAUAAUUUCUUUAAUUAUGCAAAAAAAAAAAUCGGUAAAAUUCAAGAGGUUAGGAAUAAAUGUUUCAAGUUAACUAAGCAACUGAAAGUAUUUUUUUUUUAAUUGAUAAAACGAGGAAUAUUAUUUUUUUCUUAUUGUGUACUCACCUUAAAGCAGUUCAUUUUUUAGUCUAUUGUGCAUUGACCCUAAUGGACUUAAAAAAUUUAUACGGACCCUAAAAUAAUAUAUUUCAGAGUCAAUAUUGUGUACUGACCUUAAAGCAGUGUAUUUUAGAGUCUUUAUUGUGCAUUGACCUUAAAGGCCUUAAAAUAAUCUUAGAGUCGAUAUUGUACAUUGACCCUAAAAUAAUACAUUUCAGAGUCAAUAUUGUUUUGUACAGACCUUAAAGCAGUGUAUUUUUGAGCCUUUCUUGUGUAUUCACAUUAAAGGCCUUAAAAUAAUCUUAGAGUCGAUAUUGUACAUUGACCCUAAAAUAAUAUAUUUCUGAGAUGAGUCAAUAUUGUGUACUGACCUUAAAGAGCUUUUAUUGCAUAUUUACCUUAAAGGCCGUAAAAUAAUCUAUUGUAGAGUCGAUAUGAGCUUUAUAGCUUGUCGUUUCGUUUCUAACCUCAAUAGUUGAAUAUAAAAUUAUAUUUAAACUGUAAACGCUUUUCUAAAAUACUUUUUUUUCUUUUGAUUCGAAUGGAUGAAAUCGCGCUGAAAAUGCCUAUCCUUGCAAGAAUCAUGUUGACGACGCAUGAGUGAGUGGUAAGUACGGAGGGUGAUCUUAAAAAAAAUGAAACGGACACCAGCUCUCGACACUCGACUCACGCCAUUUUUAAUUUCCCGAACCAAUUAUUAACAUUUUGUCCAUUUUCAAUCUUUGAUUGUCGAUUUUCGUGAUUUUUUUUUGUAAAUUUCUGCCAAGAGAGAAAAUUUGAAUUAAAUUGCUUUUUAUUAGUUCUCGAGUAUUGUUUACGAACGCGCAGGGUAUAUGAGAUAAACAAAUAUAUAUUUAUUUCUUUCUUUUGUUUUUGAGGUUAGAAUCAACUGCGCAUGUCUCAUCACUGAUUGGUUCUAAUUUCCCGCGUUUUAUUUAAAAUGAUUUAUUUGGAAAAAGAUUUAUUCUUUUAUAAUUUUGUUUAGAGUUUUUGUUAAUAAAAAAAAUAUGUAUUAUUGUAAAAAUAAUUUAUUAAAUUUUGUGAAUAUUAAUUAUCGUUUUUCUUUAAAUAUUUAUUUGGUAAAUAAAUAAAGGUGAAGAGAAUAUCUUUUUCAAAAACAAAAAAUCAUAAAUAAAAUGUGUUAUUUUAGAUAAUGGAGUGAUUUCAGUUAGACAUGCGCAAUUAGUUUAACUUUAACGAAAAUUUUAAAAAUUUGGAAAUUUUUUCAAAACUUUUUUUCUUUAAUUAUAAACUAUAGUUAAUGAAAAUGACAUCGAGGAUUGAAAGUAUAAUUUGAAUAAUUUCCUGAAAAAUAAAAAUUUUCCUUGUCACAAUCCUUUUCUCAUGCUGACUGUCCGCUAGUCUCUAUCUAUCUCUCUCUCUUUCUUUCUAUUUUUCUUUCUCGUUUUUUCUUUUACUCUGUCGUUACACACCGAAAAAAAAGUCGUGUACGUACUUGCUCUGCGUAUUGUUAUUCAAUUUAUACACUUUCCUUUCAGGGAUCGCUCUGCAGAGUUGAAAAAAUACUUAAAAUUUAUUUCUUUUUGAUCGAGUUAAUAAAAAUAUUAACAUUCAUCAUUCAAAGUAUCAAAAAAAAAUUUUUUUCUUACUCAACAAAAUUUUAUUAAAAAUUUUUCCCCUUGAAAAACAAAACAAUUUCAAUCGACUCGGCAGGGCUGAUCUUUUUUAAACGCAAAAUUUUUGAACAUGUAGAAAAGUUUUGUUAAUUAUUUGAGUGUCAUAAUUAUCGACUGUUCCGAAUAAAGUUUUUGUGGAAAGUUGAAAAAUAAAAAAAAAAACUGGGCAAUAGUCUGAUGUUCUUAGAAAAUGAUAAAUUUCUUCUCAAAUAAUAAAAAAAGUAUUCAAUAAUAUCAUUUUUCUUAUUUUGCCUAAUUACGUUAUACAUAUUUCCAAAAUUUAUCACUUUCAUUAAAAAUAAAAAUAAAAACAUUGUGUAUUCGACUUUUCUCAGAACAACGGGCAAUGGCCACAUAUUGUUUCAACCAAUCACAGCUCUAAUCGCUGUUGGACCUUUCAGGUCCCUUGCCACAAGGCAGGCGAUUGUUUGGACCUACCGUCUUUGAGUCGUCGAAUCCCGAGUUCAAACACUGCAAUUUUUUUCAUUUCUGAUCGUUUAGUAAAUUGUUUUUUGUCAUUGUGUCGAUAGAAAUCGAUGUAUCGAUAGUAAUCGAUGUUUUCAUUAUCGAUAUUAUUCAAUAUAUCGUUAAUAAUCAACAGUAAUUGAUUAUAUUUGACGUAUCGAUAUUAAUCGAUUAUAUUUGAUAUAUCAAUACUAAUCGAUUAUAUUCGAUGUAUUGAUAUUAAUCGAUUAUAUUCAAUGUUUUGAUAAUAAUCGAUUAUAUUUGAUAUAUCAAUAAUAAUCGAUUAUAUUUAAUAUAUCGAAAACAAUUGAUUAUAUUUGAUGUAUCGAUAAAAAUUGAUUAUAAUCGAUAAUGUUUGAUGUAUCGAUAUUAAUUGUUAGUAAUCGAUAAUGAGCGAUGUAUCGAUAAUAAUCGACUUGCGAUUAACUUAUCGAUACAUUGAAGAAUAAUUAAUAAAUUGAGAUAUAAUCGACAUAUAUAUAGUGAGGAAUAUCAUUAAAUUAAGAAAAAAUUGUUUGCAGUACUUUCUGUUUGUAUUUUUUGUUAUAAAAAUAAGUUUUAAGAAUGUAAUAUUUGACGUCACUCGGGGAUUGUAUGGCUUGAUUGACGCGUGGCUGGACCGAGAAA